CAGCCCAGCUCUCGUUCAGGGUAGGGCUGCGGAACUCUCGCGAGAUUUGCCGAGCUCUCGUGUUGUUGUUGUUGUGGUAAUGAUGGCGGCAGGCGCGGAGGCCCCGGACUCCUGGUAUCUGGCUCUGCUCGGUUUCGCCGAACAUUUCCGAACCUCUAGCCCUCCUAAAAUCCGCUUGUGUGUGCACUGCCUGCAGGCCGUCUUCCAGUUCAAGCCUCCGCAGAGAGUGGAGGCCCGCACCCACCUGCAGCUCGGCUCGGUGCUCUACCACCACACGAAGAACAGCGAGCUGGCCCGCACGCACCUCGAGAAAGCGUGGCUUAUCUCACAGCAGGUAGCUCAGUUUGAGGAUGUUAAGUUUGAGGCGGCGAGUCUCCUGUCAGAGCUGUACUGCCAGCAGUACUCUUCUCUUCUAAAGAACUUGGUUGAUUCGGCGAAACCGCUGUUACGGAAGGCCAUCCAGAUCUCACAGCAGACUCCCUACUGGCACUGCAGGCUGCUGUUCCAGCUGGCGCAACUGCACACGCUGGAGAAGGAUCUGGUGUCGGCCUGCGAUCUGCUGGGGGUCGGUGCAGAAUACGCCAGAGUCGUGGGAUCCGAAUAUACCAGAGCUCUGUUCCUGUUGAGCAAAGGCAUGUUGCUGCUGAUGGAGCGUAAGCUGCAGGAGGUCCAUCCGCUGCUGACUCUGUGCGGUCAGAUCGUGGAGACCUGGCAGGGAAACCCCAUCCAGAAGGAGUCGCUGCGUGUGUUCUUCCUGGUGCUGCAGGUGACGCAUUACCUGGACGCCGGACAGGUGAAGAGCGUCAAGCCGUGUCUGAAGCAGCUGCAGCAGUGCAUCCAGACCAUCUCCACACUCCACGAUGAUGAAAUCCUGCCCAGUAACUCGGCCGAUCUCUUCCACUGGCUGCCCAAAGAGCACAUGUGUGUCCUCGUCUAUCUGGUGACGGUCAUGCACUCGAUGCAGGCUGGGUAUCUGGAGAAAGCUCAGAAAUACACUGAUAAAGCCCUCAUGCAGCUGGAGAAGCUGAAGAUGUUGGACUGCAGCCCCAUCCUGUCCUCGUUUCAAGUCAUUCUGCUGGAGCACAUCAUCAUGUGUCGUCUGGUGACGGGGCACAAGGCCACGGCGCUGCAGGAGAUCUCUCAGGUGUGUCAGCUCUGUCAGCAGUCUCCACGGCUCUUCUCCAAUCACGCGGCUCAGCUCCACACGCUGCUGGGUUUGUACUGCAUCUCGGUCAACUGUAUGGAUAACGCUGAGGCCCAGUUUACUACAGCGCUGCGGCUCACCUCUCAUCAGGAGCUGUGGACGUUCAUCGUCACUAACCUGGCGAGUGUGUACAUCAGAGAGGGAAACAGACAUCAAGAGCUCUACAAUCUUUUAGAGCGGAUAAACCCAGACCACAACUUCCCUGUCAGUUCUCACUGUCUGCGCGCCGCUGCCUUCUACAUCCGAGGCCUUCUGUCCUUCUUCCAGGGACGCUACAAUGAAGCCAAGCGUUUCUUGCGUGAGACGCUGAAGAUGUCGAAUGCGGAGGAUCUGAAUCGUCUGACGGCCUGCUCUCUGGUGCUGCUGGGACACAUAUUCUACGUCCUGGGGAACCACAGAGAGAGCAACAACAUGGUGGUUCCUGCGAUGCAGCUGGCCAGUAAGAUCCCAGACAUGUCUGUGCAGCUCUGGUCAUCGGCUCUGCUCAAGGAUCUUAACAAGGCCUGCGGGAACUCCAUGGAUGCGCAUGAGGCUGCGCAGAUGCACCAGAACUUCUCCCAGCAGCUCCUGCAGGAUCACAUCGCCGCCUGCAGCCUCCCAGAACACAACCUCAUCAGUUGGACCGAAGGCCCUCCUCCUGUGCAGAUUCAAGCUCAGAACGGACCCACCACCAGCCUGGCCAGCCUGCUUUAAACACACACACACACACACACACACACUCACGGGACGAGCGAGACUCCGCUGCCUUUCACCUGCAGAUUUCUCUUGUGUUGUUCAGAUUUGAACUUAUUGAGUUGUUCACGGUUCACGUCGUUUGAUUGGCUGUGUUCAGAGCAAGGACAGACAGGGGUCAGAGGUCACAGCGUGUUUGUGUUCUGCUCCUCCUCAUCUCUCUGUUUUAACGCUGUCGUCACACGUCGCUCGUCAGCAGCAGUAACGAGUCGUUUAGAGUUUGAUUGAUAAACUCAUCUCAAUUCAUAUUAAACUCAUAUUCACCACAAAACAAAACAGAUCUCACAUUCAGAAAAAUGAAGCCUGUUUUAGGAUCGUUUUGCAGUCGUUUCUUCGUGACACAUUUAACCCCUAAAUUCUCAUUACCGUUUUGUUGACAUUUAUUUGAAUGAUUUAUGCAUUCUGGUAGUAUUUCUUGUACUUCGUUCACUUUAUGCUGGUUUGAGUAAAUCUUUACAUUAUUUAUGUGCUCACAGUAAUGAGAGAAAAACAGUCACCGCAGAACAAUCUUCAGUUAGGCUUCACUUUCAUGACAGGAAAUCUGAUUUUGCAUUGUUUUGGGGUGAAGAUGGAUGUUCAUCACAGAGGUGUCACGUGACCAGCAGAGGGGCAGGACACUGAAUCUGAUGUGUGACGGCGGUCUCGACUUUUCUACGCGCUGAUAUUUUUACACACGUCUCAUCUGAUGCUCGAACACGUUUGUUUUGUACGUGCACGUCUCAUGUUUUACCUUCUGUACAAACGCUGUGAGGACAGGCUUUUCUUUUAAAGUAUUUACCUCUUUUCCUCUGUAGUUUUAACAAAUACAUUUAUUAAAUUUUGUAAAGUUUGAAUAUUUAUAUACCACAUUUAACAAUAUUAUAAUCUUUUGUCAUUAUUUUGAUUUGGAAUAGCCUUUGUUUGUAUAAAUGUUAUGAAAACUGUUGUUUCUGUAGUUUAUCAGACGCUUUGAACACGGAGUAGUAGAGGCUCAUUCUGCUCUCGGAUCAGCCGCCGCUCUUUCUAAUUGUAUUUUUAAACUCAUAUUAUUUCUUUGUGUCUGCUUCAAAAUCAUCAGGAUUUUUUAAAAUAAAAUUGGAGAACCGUA